AGGAGUGUGUGUGUGUGUGUGACUCUUCCUCCUCCUCCUCUUCUUCUCUCCUGAUGGAAGAGAAACUGAAAGACUCUCCAUUCUCCAUCCAGAACCUGCUGAGCAGGCCAGAGCGCCCGCCGGUGCCCAUCUGCAGAGUGCCGGAGCUGGGCUUCCUGCGGCUGGGGCCCUGGUGCUGCGCUGGAGCCCCGGAGACACCCGCUGGCAUCCGCAGGGCCCCCGCAGACACACUGCAGCCGGACUGUGCGGCCCCGGGGCCCAGCGCUGAGGAUGAUGAUGAUGAUGAAGAAGCUCCGCUGGAGGACAGUGACUGUGAGGAGCCUCGAGCGCAGGUGAAGAAGCUCUGCCGGAAGAAGAAGACUCGCACCGUGUUCUCGCGCGCGCAGGUGUUCCAGCUGGAGUCCACCUUUGACCUGAAGCGCUACCUGAGCAGCUCUGAGCGCGCCGGCCUCGCCGCAUCACUGCACCUCACAGAGACGCAGGUCAAGAUCUGGUUCCAGAACCGCAGGAACAAGUGGAAACGCCAGAUCGCGGCCGAGCUCGAGUCCGCCAGCCUCAGCCACGCGCACAGGGUCGUGCGAGUGCCCGUCAUCUACCACGAGCACGCGCUUUACUACCCGCACCCGCUGAUCAGACCCGUGUGAGGACUCAGUCACCUGUCAGAGGAGCACACCUGAGCUGGACACACGGCUUCAGUACGGUCUUUAUUUUCUGGAGAGUCGCGCAUGCGCCAACAGGUGCAGAUCUUCAUCAUCCUCCUCAUC